CUCAUUUUUUUUUUUUCCUUUCUUUCCAAUUUAUUUUUUCACCAACCCCACUUCUGCUCUUUCUUUUCAUUUUUUUCUUGUUUUUUUUUUCUCCACACAUGAGUUGACUUCCCUAACCUCUUGCAUAGCCUGUAUCUUCUUUUUCUCUUUUCUUUUGAUGUUUUUCGGUGAGUAGAGGAAGAAAAAAUACAGUCGAAGGAGGAAGUAAUCCUCCUCCACCACAAUACAUUGUAUUUUGGUGCUGUAUAUUUUUGUCCCCUAUAAUUAAAUAAAGCCAAAAAUCCAUACACAGGAGUAAAGAACCAUCAGUCACAGUUGGAAGCAAGAGCGAAAAUUCAUAGACAUCCCAAAGCCGAUCAACGAGCAAACCAUCAACAAAAAUUUUCUGAUUUUCCCUAAAUUUCUCUGCAAUCUCUUUACUGAGACUUAUGGAGAAAGCUAACUACUGCUCAGGUGCCGUAGCACUCGUGGUUGGGGUCACUGGCAUGGCCGGCUUAAGCUUAGCCGAAGCCUUAAAGAACCCCAACGCCCUCGGUGGUCCAUGGAAAGUCUUCGGUGCGGCUCGGCGUCCGUUACCAAGCUGGUUUCCAACCUCCAUACUAGACGGCUUCCUCAACUUCGACGCCACAAGCUACGACGACACGUUUCGAAACCUCUCUCCCGUAUACAACCAAGUUUCUCAUGUCUUUUGGGUUGCCAUACAAGUCCGCGAAAACGAAGAAGCUAACGUCACCGUCAACGUCGUUAUGCUCUCCAACGUUCUCAACGUCCUCAAAUCCGCUCCGGCUUCCCGCCUCACCCACAUCACCCUCCAAACGGGUACCCAACACUACAUGGGUCCGAUCCAUGAUCCGACCCGUUCCGCCCAUCUCAACCCUCAUGACCCGCCUUUCCGUGAGGACUAAUCCCGCCUUCCUUACCCGAACUUUUACUAUGCGCUCGAAGACUUGGUGGAUUCCUACGCGCCUUCUAUUUCAUAUUCCGUGCACCGUUCGUCCGUCAUAAUAGGAUCGUCGUCUAGGAGUGUUUACAAUUCUCUACUGUCGUUGGCCGUUUACGGGGCGAUUUGUAAACACGAGGGAUUGAAAUUUCGGUUUCCCGGCACGCGCUACACGUGGGAGCAUUUCUGCGACAUGUCGGACGCACGUGUGUUGGCGGAGCAACAUAUUUGGGCAGCGGUCACGGCACGUGCGAAGAACCAGGCGUUUAACUGCACCAACGGUGAUUUUUUCACGUGGAAAAGUAUGUGGAAGGUGGUGUGUGAAGUAUUUGAUGUUGAAUUUGUGGAUUAUGAUGAGAGCCAAGAGCUUGAUUUUGUGGGUUUGAUGAAUGAGAAAGGAAAAGUGUGGGAUGAAAUCGUGGAAAAAUACGGUCUACACAAAACCAAGUUGGAAGAAAUUACUUGUUGGGCUGCGCUACAUAAUGUUUUGCAUUUUGGGUUUCAACAUGUUUCUAGCAUGAAUAAAAGUAGGGAAUUUGGGUUUUAUGGGUUUGCUGAUACCCUCAAGAGUGUUGGAUUUUGGGUACAGAGACUUAAGGACAUGAAAAUUAUACCCCCAUGA